AUGUCUGCUUCCCUGGACUCGAACCUGGACCCGAUGGAGGAGAUCCGAUUUCGGAAGAAACAUGGCGCGAUGUGGAUGGAAAUUCAGAAAGACACACAUUUCUCAUUUGACGAACUCGAACAAAUAAUGGUGAUCUUCUUCAAGAUACAGAAACGAGACGAGAAACCGGCAGCCUCAGAUUUAAUUUCAAGGGCACACUUCAGAGACGUUCUACAUACUGGAUUAGGAAUGACUGAUUCCUACAUGAUGGAACGUGUUAUGGUUGCCUUAGACAGAGGUACAUCCCCCUUCGUUACCAUGGCAACGUUUGCGAAAGCCAUGUCCUUGUACCUCAGAGGAUCUCUAGAGGAACGCAUCUCAUAUGCUUUCACGGUAAAGAAUCAAAAAUUAUGUAAACUGACGUGGUCUUGCUGGUUUUUUCAAAGUAGGCAAAGGCAAGCAAACGACUGGAUAGAAGUAGGCACAAUACUAUACGCACAUUGCCCCCGCCUCACCCCUUUGUGGCCGCCCUGUAAACUAAAUCAGUGCUACGAUUUAUUGGGCGAAGGCUAUUUAAGAAGGGAGACGAUGUACCAAUGUAUGAAGAAAAGUAUCGCUAAAGCCUCCAGGGAUGACGAUGUAGAAGAGGCUGUCAAGGAAUUCGUCGACAUUAUGCUGAAGAGGAUGGAUGUAGACGUCGAUGGUGUGAUAAAUUUUGACGAUUUUCAUACAUCAGUGACGAAGACACCUUCCUUGCUGGAAAGUUUGGGAUACUGUUUGCCCGAAAGGCCAGCGGUCUACGCGUUUCUAGGGACUUGGUGUCCCAACUGGGGGAAAAUGUAA